CACAUUUACUACACAUUUUGCAGACAGCUUUUUUUGUUCUUCACUUCCUUCUCCAAUGGCUUUCACUCUUUCCUACUCUUAGAUGCUAAGAAAUAACCCAAGCUCAGCAUUAGAAAUGAAGCUAGCUACCAAAAAUCUCUAAUAUGCAUGUAUGAUCAUUCUCUAAAAUCUUGAAUCUGCAGCUGUUGUACUCAAUUUUGAGGAUUCCCAUUUCCAAAUUAGUUAAAAGAUCUGCAAAAGUCACUUUAUCAGUAAAGAUUCCAUUGCCUUGUUUUUGACUGAUCCAUGAGCUAGAUCAAGAAUCCUUCGAGAAUUUGAGUAGAUGUUUGAAGUGUGACAAUAAUAUCUCUGAUUAUAUAUAAUCCACUUUUGAAAAUAAAAAGGAAAGGUAAUCUUCAUCACUGCAGAAAUGAAGUUUAUGAAACUUGGAUUGAAUCCAGACACCUUCUACACCGAAGAUGCCACGAGGACCGUGAUAUCAGAUGUGCCAACUGACCUCACCAUUAGGAUAGAUGGCAUCACCUAUCUUCUCCACAAGUCUUGUCUUGUUCCAAAAUGUGGGCUAUUGCAAAGGCUUUUCUCGGAGAAAGACGAGGGCGGGGACGUGUCGGUGGAGCUCCACGACAUUCCGGGAGGGGAGGAGGCGUUCGAGCUUUGUGCUAAGUUCUGCUAUGGCAUCACAAUCAGCCUCAGCGCACACAAGUUUGUGGCAGCCUUAUGCGCUGCUAGCUUCCUGCGAAUGACCGAGAAAGUCGAAAAUGGGAACUUGAUCGCCAAGCUAGAGGCGUUUUUCUCGUCGUGCAUCCUCCAAGCGUGGAAGGAUUCUCUCAUUGCGCUGCACAACGCUGAGAGACUCUGCGACUGGUCUCAAAAUCUCGGCAUCGUGAGGCGAUGCAUCGAGUCCAUAGUCGACAAGAUCUUAACACCUCCAACAAAGGUGAAGUGGUCUUACACGUAUACGAGACCGGGAUACGUAAGGAAACGGCGCGACUCAGUGCCAAAGGACUGGUGGACAGAGGACCUGUCCUGCCUCGGCAUAGACAUGUUUAGCAGCAUAGUUACCACCAUCACUUCAACCAACAUGCUGCAGCCGCGGCUCAUCGGUGAGGCUCUGCACGUCUACGCCCACUGCUGGCUGCUCAAUGCCUCCGAGGGCUCCCCGGGCAGCAAACGGAGAGUCCUUGAGACCAUUGUGAGGCUCAUCCCAGCGGAGAAAGGCUCUGUCUCCAUCAAAUUCCUGCUGAGGCUCCUCACCACCGCCAACUCUCUCGGAGCAUCUCCCGUGUCGAAGGCACAACUCCUGAGGCUGUGCGGGCUGCAGCUAGACGACGCCACGCUCAACGACUUAUCUCAAUCCGACAUUGAUUUGGUUAAGACGGUUGUGCGGAGUUUCUUGAGGCAGUGGAAGCGCCGCAACUCCGCAGGCGAGGGACAACCGCUCCGAGCAAUGCAUAAGGUGGGAAACCUCAUUGAUUCCUAUCUGCAGGUAGUUGCAAAGGAUGCAAGAAUGCCAGCUCAAAAAAUGGUGGCUCUGAUUGAGACUCUUCCAGCAACAGCACGGCCUCAACACAACCAUCUCUACAAAGCAAUAAAUAUUUAUCUCAAGGAGCAUCCUGAGGUGAGCAAAGCAGAUAAGAAACAGCUCUGCAGCUUCUUAGACUGCCAGAAACUGUCUCCAGAAGUGCGAUCUCACGCCGUCAAGAACGAGAGAUUGCCGUUAAGAACGGUGGUGCAAGUGCUCUUCUUCGACCACGAGAAAACCAACGCGUCUUCGCAGCAGCUUCAGAGAGAUGAUCUGAGCAAACUAAAAGUAAGUAGCAGUGCAGGCAAUGGUACAAGACCUAAAGCGGCCGGAGCACUUCACCGCUCCUCGAGGAAGUUGGAUGACAAGCCAGAGCUCAGCCAAGAGUUGAGCUUUAAGGUGAAGCUGGAGACGGAAAAGGAGAAGAAGAGGGAAACCGCGGCUGCACCUCAGCUGAAUCCUCACAACAAACCUCAAAUCAGAGGUGUAUACAUUAAACGCUGAGAAAGAUAUAUAGCUCACAACAUUUUCUGCUUCUUUCUUUCUCUUUAUUAAUAUUCAUUGGAGUUGUAGGAGUGAGAUUGUGAACAUAUAUAUCCUCUGCAAAUCAAGAGGCAAGACAUAGAAAUAUACUAGAAACAAAGUUAGUUAUUAUUCUUUAUAAAUUUGAAUAAAAAGUGUGAGUAUAUAUAGCUGUUUUAUUUUUA